UCCGGGGAGGUUUAAACACUGGCCUUGGUGGCUGAGGGAGGAGGAGGAGGAUGAGGCAGGGGCUGCUGGUGCUGGUGCUGGUGCUGGCUGCAGGGUCCCAGGUGCAGGACUGGUACCCCAGGGAGUCCCACACCCUCAACUGGAACAAGUUUUCAGGGUUCUGGUACAUUCUGGCCACGGCCACUGACGCCCAGGGAUUCUUGCCGGCCAGGGACAAAAGGAAGCUGGGGGCGUCCGUGAUAAAGGUGAACAAAGUAGGCCAGCUCCGGCUGCUCCUUGCUUUCAGCCGGUUGAAGGGGUGCCAGUCCCAGGAGGUGAUCCUGAGGAAAGACGGGAAGAAGCCGGUGUUCAGGAACACCUGUGCGUAUGCGGUGGGCCUGAGGGAAGGACGGGAGGGCGUGAAAGGGGUGAAGGCCUUCCACGUGCUGUCCACUGACUACAGCUACGGCCUGGUCUACCUCCGCCUGGGGCGCGCAGCCCAAAACUACAAGAACCUGCUGCUUUUCCAUAGACAGAACGUUUCGAGCUUCCAGAGUCUGAAGGAAUUCAUGGAUGCGUGUGACAUUCUGGGGCUCUCCAAGGCCGCCGUCAUCCUCCCGAAAGACGCUUCCUGUGCACACACCAUCCUGCCAUGAGAGCCAGCGUCCUCUGCUCUUUCCUUCCGAAGUGUGGUCCUCCCAGACCCAGACCCAGGGAGCGUUGUUCCAGACGUCAGGUGGAGACCGCGGCUUGUUGAGAGGUGUUUGGUGGCUCUAGGUCGUUGACAGUGUGAAACUCAAGUGUUUCAAGGGAUCCUUUAUGAUCACAGAAAGAAUGAGGAAGAAGGGUACAGGCUGACCGGGUGGCGAGAUGUCAGCCAGGCCCCUUCCGCAGUGUCCUCUGGAGCACACUGCAGGCCGCUGCUGUUCCCUGUCUUCCAUGAAAUAGACCACAGGCUGGCCCAACGCAGUCCUCGCCAUGUGCCUUCCCUCUGCCCUCCAUGCCGCCGCCAUCCUCUGUGUUCCUUGGCACUUUCUCAGGAAGCCGUUUGCACCCAACAUGGAGGAGCCCCCAGGACGUGCCAGGCAGCGUGCUGCCCCUGUGGCUGCAUUAGGGAGCAGAAUCGGCAAAACGCAGUCCCAGAGUUAAUGCCCGAUCAGGAGAAGCCAACCUCAGCAGCGUGAUCACCCGGAUACUCGAGUAUAGACCCUAGAUCAUCCGGAUACUCGAGUAUAGACUCUAGAAGUCUAUCUAGGGGCAGCCAGGGCCCAACAACAGCAGGUCUGACUCAUUCCAUCCAGGGCAGCAUCAGGGAGAGCUUCCUGGGGGAAGUGGCAUUUGGGUUGACCAGGGAAGGGUGGUGGGUAUUAAGUCAGUUCGGGUGGGGCUGGAGGAGCAGGGGUGCGUCCCUAGAACAGGAUGUGACUUCUGAAAAGACAUCAGAGUAGAGAAAAUGGCUUCUCAAGGAGAUUGGGCAUGCCAGUAUGAGCACGGCGGUGGGGAGAGCCACGCAGAGGAGCAGGAGGGGGCCCACCGGACCAUGGCACCUUGAAGGCCGCAGUGAAGGGCUUGGGUCUCAUUCAAGGGGUGAUUGUAGCAGGACGAGCCACAGACAAAACUCCUCAGACACCGGAUUAAAGAAGGAAGAGGUUUUUUAUUCGGCCGGGAGUGUCGGCAGACUCGCAUCUUAAGAGCCGAGCUCCCCGAGAAAGAAAUUCCUAGCCCUUUUAAGGGCUUACAACUCUAAGGGGUCCACGUGAAAAGGUCAUAAUAGAUCAAGUAAGCGUGAGGAACGUGACUGGGGGCUACAUCCAUCAGCUAACAGAACAAGAAGUUUUACAGUGCUUUCUCCUACAAUGUCUGGAAUUCACAGAUAACACUAGUAGUUUUGGUCAGGGGUUAAUAUUAUUAUUAUUGGCCGGGCGCGGUGGCUCAAGCCUGUAAUCCCAGCACUUUGGGAGGC